AAAUAUAUCGGCUGCGUCUACAUUUAACUCUGGUAGGGUUUCGGCCAAAUUGAAAUUCGCCGACAAAGUUCAUAAGAAUCGACCAAUCGAGCCUCAAUUCAGGCUUAUCUUUAACCCCUGCUUCUUGUACCCACUGCAAACAGCCAUCUCCAACCGCCGUCAAAAAUUCCAAACGCCGUUACCAUGGAUGAGCAUCAAAUUGGCAGCAAAAUCGACCCUAGGCUACAAGAGGAAAACGACGACGAUCAGAGAAGCCCCGAUAACAUGAACUACGAGAGUUCUCGCCGUCACGCCGGCAACGAAGCUAGUCCUGGUAAAAUAUUUAUCGGAGGUCUUGCUCGAGAAACAACAUCUGCACAAUUCGUAAAGCAUUUUGGUAAAUACGGAGAAAUCACGGAUUCGGUGAUAAUGAAGGACCGGAAUACAGGGCAGCCUCGAGGGUUCGGGUUUGUGACAUACGCUGAUGCUGCUGUGGUUGAUAGGGUUAUUGAGGACACACACACUUUUCAUGGAAAACAAGUAGAAAUAAAGAGAACUAUACCAAGAGGAGGGGGCUCCAAAGAUUUCAAGACAAAGAAGAUCUUCGUUGGUGGUCUUCCAACAACUGUAGACGAAGAUGAAUUCAGGGGCUUCUUUUCUAAUUACGGAGAAGUGGUGGAGCAACAAAUUAUGAGGGAUCACUCGACUGGUAGGUCUCGUGGCUUUGGAUUCGUCACAUUUGAAUCUGAUCGCUCUGUUGAUGAUCUUUUAGCAAAUGGUAACCGGAUCGACUUUCAUGGAGCUCAGGUGGAGAUAAAAAAGGCAGAGCCGAAGAAGCCAAGCCUAUUACCUCCACCAUCGAGGCGUCAAAGUAAUUCCAGACCUCCAUUUGGCGGUGCGCUCGAAGAUACUUACGGUGAAUACGGUGGUCGUUUUAGCGGAAACAGUUUUGGCCCCACUUCUUAUAGAUCAAGCGGGCCCUACGGAGGUGGACCCUACGGAGGUAGACCGAGUCCUUACGGCGGUUAUGGUGGACCUGAGUACGGUGAUUAUGGUGGAUACGGUGCUGGGGGUGGCUAUGGAGGUUUUAGGGCGGAUCCUUCGUUAGAAUAUUCCCGUUUUGGGGGUGGCUUCGGUCGAGGCUAUGAUGUAGGUAAUGAGUAUGGUGGGCCCGGAGAUAGCUAUGCAGGGUAUGGUGGUGGUGGUGGUGCGUAUGGUGGUGGUGGUGGUUAUGAUGGUGGUUAUGGUGGCCGUGGUGGAGGUUCGUUUUAUGGAAACCGAGGAGGGUAUGGCGGUGGUGGUGGUGGUGGAAGUGGAAGGUACCAUCCUUAUGGAAGGUAGGGAAUAAUGGAGGCUUUACAAAUAUGAGAGUAGUGUGUUGUUAGUGUUUUGUUAUAUAGAACUCUAUUUGUGUUGAACAAAUUGGUACAACUUUUUAAGGCUAAUUUUCUGAUUGGAAUGGAAAUUAAAACUGAAAUUCAGUCUGAAAUGACUUCCAAAUGCAUGUAGAUUUAUUUGUCUAUCAUUUUACCAAUUUGUUAAUUGUAUGAAUUGAUUUUUUUU